UUUGAAAGGGUUGGUUAGUUUGAUGAUGCUGGCAUUUGUUAUUGUUGUUGUUAAUGAUAUAAGCUGGGCCUAUUUAAUACUUCAUACGAUGUAUUAGUCGUAGUGAAAAAAGAGGGUCAUAUCGACAAUGAUGAAUAAGUUGCAUCUUUUUUAUUUUUUAUUUUUGUCAUUUUUUUUAGUGUUUAUUGUUUUUAAAAAUAAAUUUAAGCAUCGUUUUUUAUAUUAACUAUGGUACAAACUAUUGAAUACCACUGUUUUUAUUUUGUACUUUCACUUUCCCGUUUGAAAGGCUGCAGAUAAAAGCUAUCGAGAUGUCAGCUUUAAAUAGAAGACGGGAAUCACAAGAUGAUCAAGAAGAAUAUUGGAUGAAAUCAGCGGCAAAUAAAAACAAAUUCAACAUUUUUGAUGAUGAUGUUACCGUGGAAACAGCUGAGGAAUUAGCUAAGUCUAAGAAGCUUCUCACUCAGUGUGAUGACGUGGACCUAGUGAACUGGGAUGACACACCGGUAUCCUCAGCGAUUAGUGAAGGUAUUGUGACCCCAGAUUCUGCCUCUUCUUUUCCUAAACCCUCCUCCUCCUCUGUGCCUUACACCAGAAAUAUACCACCUUAUAUGACACAUUCCAGAUCGCAGAGUGAAAGCUUUGGUGUUUCAGCUCGAGUGUCCUUCACACCUUCACGGGAAUCAUCUGUGCCCUCCAUACAGUAUAGUAAAUCCCAGGAGAGACUCCACACCAUUACUCAGACAACCCGUGAUCUUAGGCUGGAGGAUGCUAUUUCUGGUUAUAAACCCGCAGCUUCUGGUGCCAGAAACCAAGAGGAGGAGAUUCAGUAUCUGAGGAGAGCUUUAAAGAAAGCUAAAGAGCUGAACUUCUCCCCAGACGACACCAUAAGAAGGAUGAUGUUGGGAGAGCCAUAUAGUUUGGAAGUGUUUCACUCCAAAGAGGAGAAAUUGCAGCUUUUAGACAAAGCGAUCCAAGUGCAUGAUGGGAAUGCUAUUACCGCUGUGAUUUUAUUUUUGAGACAAACUGUCAAACCGUCGCUGUUUAACCUGGAGCUCCAGAGACGUCCUGUUGCAGUCAGUCACUAUGUGAGCUACCUCAGGGCCCAUUACGACUUCAAAGAGCUCGGAAAUGUCCUGGGGAUGUUGAACCGGACAGAAGAAGCAGCUAUCUUAAAGUACAGACAAGCAAUCAGUGCACCAGAUGUCAGGGGAAAGAUGUCUGCCCUAAGAGGCUGUUUAAAAGCACAUUUUCUUCCUGAGCCAGAUUUAACUCAUGAGGCAAAUUUGGUAGAGCAGCAUGCUUCCCUGCUGGAAAGACAGUGGCCAAUAGAGGAUGCGGACAGUAAAUCAGAGGCCCAGGGUAACCUGGUAUUUAAGCAGUACCCACGGAAGGUCAGCAUCCUUAACAUGCCCCUGAUAACCACCCUGUAUUACAACUGUUUCUACCAUGGGCGUGAUGCUGAGAAUCUUCUGACAUCUCCUUUAGCUAUAAAGACACAACACCAGUUAUCAGACAAACAGUACAUUUGGACUGCCCUGUCAGCAAGGUCAAGGUUAAAACAAUGGAAUGGCAUUGAGGAACUCCUCACAGCUAAGGGUUGGUUUGGUAAUACUAAGAACGUGUCUGUCAUUGGUUUUGACAAGGUCUGUGAAAUCCUGCAUAGAACUUCAGCUCCUGAUGAGAUAUUGUCAAAGUAUCUUAGAUUGAUAGAUGGUUCAGAGAGACGACUUAACUUGGCCAAGAAAUAUAAAUGUCAUGAUGUUGUUGUGGAGACAUUGGUACACCUACGAGAUCGAGCUGAACUGCAGGUUUAUGCCAGUAAGUUAUCACCGGGGUCGCGUGGAUUGAAGACAGCUCAAGAUGCCUUGCGAUCCUCAACUAUCAAGUGGAAGACGUGACGAGAUUAAAUGAUGAUGGUGAUGAUGAUAAUGAUGAGGAUAAACCAAUCCAACUGUGAUAUGUGUCUGGGAUAUUGUCAGGAAGAGCAAUGAAUUCAAUUGUUUGUUGAUAUGUGUCUGGGAGUACAGAUAUUGUCAGGAAGAGCAAUGAAUUCAAUUGUUUGUUGAUAUGUGUCUGGGAGUACAGAUAUUGUCAGGAAGAGCAAUGAAUUCAAUUGUUUGUUGAUAUGUGUCUGGGAGUACAGAUAUUGUCAGGAAGAGCAAUGAAUUCAAUUGUUUGUUGAUAUGUGUCUGGGAGUACAGAUAUUGUCAGGAAGAGCAAUGAAUUCAAUUGUUUGUUGAUAUGUGUCUGGGAGUACAGAUAUUGUUAGGAAGAGCAAUGAAUUCAAUUGUUUGUUGAUAUGUGUCUGGGAGUACAGAUAUUGUCAGGAAGAGCAAUGAAUUCAAUUGUUUGUUGGACUAAACUGAAUCUGUUGGUCAAACUCUGGUCUAACAUGGAACUACAAGGCAAUGUUGAACACUGUACUUUAACAGAAUUUUUAGUGAGUACAGAUUGCUGUCCAAAGUUGUUCACCAUCAUGAAAAUGAUAUUCACGAGGCAUGAGAUGCUAGCAUAAGUGAUGAACAUAUCUAUUGUAAUUAUAGCAAUUUUCCAGAACAUUAUGUACUAAAUAAAGCUACUAGGAGUUAUAUUUUCUACAAAAUAAAACAAAACAUUGCCAUAUUUAUUGUGUUUAUGGAACACACGCCCUAAGAUUUGUUAUUUUUGGUAACUUUGGUCUCUUGGUGCUGCUCGCUAGAGAAUAAAUGUUGACUCCGAUGUUGUGUGAUAAUUACGUAUUACAUUACAUAAUUACAUUACAUUAAUCAUUGUAAUUGGUUUUAUAUAUAUAUACGAGAACCUUGAAUUUCUAGUAAUAUACAACUGUUUCAAUAUAUAGUAUGCAGUCAUGUUGUAUUAAUUUACAUGUAUGUAUAUGAUGUAAAGCUACCAGGUUAUGAAGGGGGUGGGAGAGGGAGGGAGAGAGAGAGAGUGGGGGCGAUUCUGAAGUACAGUAAUCUAUUUUCAACAAAAUGAAUAUCAUUCCACUCUUUGGUUCUAUUGUAUCAUGUGCUUAGUACACAAUGCCUGUAUAUUUAUCUGUUAUGUCAUUAUAUAAAAGUUUUUGCAAUA